UUGGGACAGGAAAAACUUGAGAAAGCAGCUGAGGCAUUUGAAGCAGCUGAUGAUCUUCAUGCUGCCUUUGUAGCUCGCAUGGACAAAUGGAUGCUUGAUAACUAUGCCAGGGCUAUUGAUCUUUUUCGCCGAUUUGAUGUAGAUGGGGAUGGCAGCUUAUCAUAUGAGGAGUUUUAUGCAGGAAUGCGAGACUUAAAUGCACCAGCUAACAAUCUUGAGCUUUAUGUGCUUGCCAAGAAACUUGACAGAGAUAGUAAUGGAUUGCUAGAUUACCUGGAAUUCUCAAAGGGAUUGAAGUAUUAUAAGAAAGAAGAAUGUGUGCAAGAUGAUGGCCUACCUGUUUUAAAAUUUGAAAGAGAAGAAUUGGAGCAGUGUCCCUGUUGUAAACUGGGAUUAUGGAAACCUCCCAAAGAAAAGUAUCCGAGGUGAGCUGUUAUUAAACUGCACAUCAAAAUGGAGAUCAGCUUUCUCUAUGCAAGAUGUUCAGUACUGGUGCAGUAAAUACCUGGGACAUAGAAUAUAUUAACUUUAAAAAAGACUAUUGAUUUCUGUUUUCCUUCCUCAGAUACACUGUAUGCUAUUUUUUGUACUGUGUAAAUAUUAAUUAAUUGUUAAGUUAAUUCCAGUGGAGUGAACCCUCUCAAUAUGGAUGCCUGUAAUACAGCAUUACCUCCUUCAAACAGACAACUAAAGUUGGUCCCUGCCUUUCUUUACUCCUUUUAUUCUGCUCUUUUUAAAACAGAUGCACCCCUGUGCUGGUUUGAAAGGUGUCCAAAUUGGAGAGAGUUUACUGUAUCACCUUGCAAUUUAUAUUAAGUCUGUAUUUCUAAGCUUUUUAAGUGCACCAGUAACUUACAAAUGCAGCAGUAUUGUAGGGAUCAGUUGCUUUAUUAGGGACUUUAAGAUCCAACAACGCGGACGACAACGAGAACGUCCAAAAAAACAAUAGGUUCAAUUAGCAAAACUUAAACUUCGCAUGUGCAUCACACUUUUUUGUACAUUUCUUUCCCGUUUUUGCACGACUACGACGUGAAAAUGCCUAAUUUCACGUUUUAUGGAAGACGUAAUCAAGCAACGAUGAAAUUUUAUUUCUCUUUCUGAGCUUGAGUAUGGUCCCUUGAAAUUCAGCUUCGGGAGGGUUUGCCUACAAUAUGAGAAAGUAAGUGGGUAGGAAUAAUUGUUAUAAAGACUGAAAAAACUCAAAUUCACUUUUUAAGUGACGUUCUUGUCGCCAUCGCAUCGUUGGAUCUUAAAGUCCCUAAUGUUGCUUCCCUUGCAUUUUUAAACAACUAUAUAUUUUUGUCAUCUUUUUUUAUGUGUUGCAAGUUGCUUUGAAGUCUGAUAAUUAUUGCUGAUGUUUCAAUCCAGAAAUAUACUGACUUAUAUUUUAAUUUAUAUGUUCAGAUUUAUAAGCAUGGAGCUCAAGUUGGUGACAUUUGCAAAUCUUCCACAGUUAAAGUCCUACCCAGGACAUUUUCAGAUAUUUGUUCAUGCCCAUAUACCAGUUUAUUCCAUUGAGUCUAUUAUCAAUGAGAGAUUUGGUGGUACUGCCAGGAAAGUUGUUAUAUACUGCACUACUAAAGAAGGAAAAAGAGUAGAGAUGGAUCGUCAUAAGACUCUGGAAGAUUGUGGCUUUUCUGGAGGGCCAAGACCAGAACCUCAACUUGUGGAGUUAUUAUAUGACUUUGAUGUAGAAUAUAACGACUGUCCUAUUCUUAUGAGUGACCAUUACUUCACUUAA